AUGGGGAUCACUACGCACGAAUUCAUGCAUGCUCUUGGUGCAUGGCACAUGCAUCAACGUAGUGACAGGGACACACACCUAAUUGUUGAUUUGACCUAUGUGAAACCGGGCUACGAAGGAAAUUUUGCUAAAGUCAGUGCCGAUCGUACCAAUAACUACAAUCCAUUUGAUUACGGGAGUGUAAUGCACUAUGCAGCCAAUCUAUUUACCACACAAGGCUAUUCAUUGAUACCUCGUAUAGGAAAAUAUCUCAGGACCCCGGGAACUCGAGUGGUUUCAUUCUACGACAUUAAAAUGCUCAACGAUCACUAUGGAUGUCAUGCUCAAUGCGGUGCAGCCACUUGCGCCAACGGUGGCGAGCCCAGACCAAAAAAUUGUGAUGUAUGCAAUUGUCCAGAAGGUUACGGAGGAGUAAAAUGCGCUGCACGCCCAGGUGGAUGCGGUGAGACUUUAGCAGCUACAGCUGUCUGGAAAACAAAAACCUUCACAUUUGGUAAUGCAGUCAUCAAGACCGAGCGUGACACCUAUAUGCGAUGUAAUCACUGGGUAACGGCCCCUGCCGGUAGAAAAGUUCAAGUGCGGGUAACAGCUGUGAAAAACGUACAAUGUCGGGUGGGAUGUCGACAGAAUUCAAUCGAAAUCAAGUAUCGGCCUGAUAAAGGGCUCACAAACCCUAGGAUUUGCUGUGCGGAUCUGCUGAAUCAAGUCGUCACGAGCGAACUCAAUCCGACACCGAUCAUUUCGUACAACAGAUACCUCACAUCUACCUAUACAUUCCAGUACAGAUACAUUUGA